UCUCUUUCACUCUACCUUCACAUCUCAUCUCAUCAUCUCCAAAUUUCCUGACCCUUCAUCAUUUUCUCUGUUCUGUUUUUCUCUCUUUUUCAACCCAGCUCAACCUAACAAUUACAUAAUUUCCACAACAUUUCUACACAAUUCAAUCCCAUUUUGACCCAUUACUUUAUCCGGGUAUCCUAUUUUACUCCAAAAAGAUCAUAAAGCUUCAAUCUUUACAAACAUAAAAGUUGAUAUGGACCGCGAUUUCUUUCUCAAUGCAGGGCUUCAUUUUGAACCCUCUUCACAAAUGCCAUCAUGGAAAUUAAUGUCAUUAGUCCCAGCAAUGAACUCACCAUCACUAUCUCAAUCACAAGUUGAAAGAUUCCACAAUUUUGACUCUGUUUUGACCUCAAUGGUACCCUCCCCUGUUUCCAACUCACCACAGCCUAAAACAAAUUGGCCAAAUACUGAUCAUUUAGUGAAAGAAAACACACCCAUAUUGCGAAAUUCGAUUCCAUCAGGGGCCGGGUUGCCAUCAUUGACUGCAGAUCCUGGUUUCGCUGAACGGGCUGCAAAGUUUUCGUGUUUUGGUAGUAGAAGCUUUAAUAGCAGAACAACUCAACUUGGGUUGACUUCUAAUAACCCUGAUUCACAAUUUAGAUCUAGUGUUUCACCAUUGAUUGGUAAUGCUAAAUUACCUCGUGUUUUGAGUAGUCCUUUGCUUAAAAAUGAUGGAUCUACAAUGAGAAUUCAAGAAACUAUGACCCAUAUUGAAAAUGGGCUGGGUUAUGAUAAUAACAACGCCAAUUCUAAUGAAAGAUCCUCUGCUUCUGAGCAAAUGGAAAUUGGCCCAAAUUCAAGAAAGAGAAAAGUUGCACCAUGUAAAGGAAAAGCUAAAGAAACUUCACCACUUCUUGUAAAGGAAGAAGGAAAUGAUGAUUUGGGCUCCAAGAAAAUGAAGAAAAAAGAGGAGGAUGGAAAUGAAGAAAAAGAGAACAAAACAAAGGUUCUUGAACCACCAAAAGAUUAUAUUCAUGUUAGAGCUAGAAGGGGUCAAGCUACUGAUAGUCAUAGUCUAGCAGAAAGAGUUAGGAGAGAGAAAAUAAGUGAAAGAAUGAAGCUUCUUCAAGAUCUUGUCCCAGGAUGUAAUAAGGUGACAGGAAAAGCCCUUAUGCUUGAUGAGAUAAUCAAUUAUGUACAAUCAUUGCAACAUCAAGUUGAGUUUCUAUCAAUGAAAUUAGCAACAGUGAAUCCAACAAGACAAGAUUGUGAUAUGAAUAGUCACCUUUCCAAAGAUAUUAGCCAAUCAAAUGGGAAUUUGUCUCAACAAUUAUACCAACUAGUCACAACAGAAUCAGAUUUUUAUGAGCAGAACCCACAACAACAACAAGAAGUACUUUUUAUUGGAUCUGCUCCGAUCACCCAAUCCCCAGUGGACCCAUUGAAUCCUGUACAUGGAUCCUCACAUACCUUUGCCCAGUUUGCUGGAUUUGAAGGAGACGAACUUAAUAACAUUGUAAAGAUGGGUUUUGGAGAAAUUCAUAAUCAAUCACCUGAUAUGAAAAUUGAGAUCUGAUCGAAUUAGUCACGAGUAGUCAAUCAAUGGCCGGCCGGGGGUAUAUACAAAACUAGAGUAUGUUGAUAUCUUCAUUUUGCAUUAGAAUAAUUAAGUAUCAUUUGGCUAAUUCGUCCACUUUUAGGUCUAGUUCUUUUUGACCAUUUGGUUAAUUAAUCUGUUGUAAUAUAUGUAGUAUUUAAUUUGUAAUACAAGCUAGAAUAUUGUUCCAGUGUAGGUAAGUAUUAGGUUUGUUAUAUAUAUUUUGUAAAAUUGAGAGGGAUUAGAGGUAGAAUAUUUGUACCCUAGCAACCAAACAAUAGUUCACGUUUGUAACUUUAUUUUAUGUAACUUCAUGCAAGCUAUAAUAAGUCUGACCUUAAGAUAUAUGUAAUAAAAUCAUUUAUCGAUAUC